AUGAGCGAUAAUAAAAAUUUGCGAUAUAUUACAGAAUGUGGGAGCGAGAACAGGGAUCCCUUUGCCAAUAUAAGCCUGGGAGGAUCAGAUGAUCUCGAUACCGCAACACCCACUUCAGCUUUCAACAUUCAUAGUGAAAAGGAAAGGUCAUCAGUUGACUCGAAAUCAGAAAAUGAUACUAUAAUAUUAUCUUCAUUUCAAAUUUCUAGCGAAAAUAGAUUACAAGAAAAAUCACCCGAAGAAAGUAAUAAUAAGCCUAUCAUCAUCACGCAAGCAAGCAUUAAAAUAAACGAUGUUGAUCAAACAGAAAAUGUUGACAUGCCCGAUGUUCAAAUGAAGAACAUUGAUAUGCACGAUAUUAUUCAAAUUUCGGAAGACAAUGAAAUUAAAGAGUUUGCAACUUUCACAGGAACUGCAGGCAUUUGUAAUUCCGAACGAUUAGAAAGCGAGAACACAUUAAUUCAGAGCAAAACUGUGGAUAUUAAAUUAUCUUAUUUGACAGAAGCAUUGAAAAAGUGUGAAGAGGUUAAAUCAAAAACAAAGGAGCUUCUACAAAGGGCGUCAGAAAAAGAUGAUCCUACGGUGAAACUCGAUUUAGUGACUAAAGCACAAAUAAAUAAAAUGUUUGUUGACUUGAGAUGUGCAAAUAGAAAAGCAAAUAUGAGAAUAAAGGAAAAUAGAGCCUUUAGGAUGGAGGCCAGAGACGUUUUUGAUGAUGCCUGGUACAAGUUGUUGGAAGUCAAGUACAAAAAGUUUUUGUUAGAUUACGAUUUGAAGGUCAUAAAAUUUAAGGAAUCGAUUCAUCAUAAAAUCUCGCUAAUUCCGGUUGAAGAGUUUUUUAGUACUGCAUCAAACGAAUUCACAGAUCCAUUAUUUAAGUACCAAAAUAUUACAAGUCCAGAACAGCAGCAAUACGAGCAUGACCUUUUCUUACAGCGGUUGAAGUAUGAGAAGUGUGAGAGAGAAAUGCUCGAAGAUGAAAAGAUACGAAAGUUGGGCCGUAAAUGUGAUCUUGAAUGUACUAUCAAAGAAAAAUUAGAUUUGGCCUGCCGGUUGGAUCAUAGUUUAAAAGAAUGCAUCAGGAAAACAAAUCUAUGUAGAUCUUUGAGGGAGGCGCAGAAAAGUUUGUCAUCUUCGUUUUCACUUUCCUUGAUUAAUAACAAUGAUAAUAACGGUAUGAACGUGGAUUAUAAGAGUUCUUUCGAUAAGAAAACUCAUGAUUUAGGAAAUUGCACAAAUUCAGAUAAAGAAGAAGGAGAAUUGAUUCAAUAG